GGAAAAUCUACCAAUCACAGUGUGCAUAAGUGACCUUCAAGUGCUCAGCCUCUCCAUAAGCUAUUUGUGCCGCUAUCCCAUAUCGUGUGCCGCUAUCCAUUGCUAGAAGUCGGAACACUUCAGAAGACAGCACGAGAGUUCAAAAGCCAAGGAAAACUAAUAUCUCUGUGGAGUACUGGUUCUCACACUGAGUCAACAACUCCUGGAACGAACUUCCAGAAGAAAUAAAUUUCUUGCCCAAUAAGGAUUCCGAUAUGGUUAUCACAGAAUCAAAAGAUGAUGCGGACCUUUCCUCAACUUUGGAGAUGUUGUGCGCACCUAAAAAGCUGGAUCGUGAGAAAGGGGAAGAACGCUUGAAUACCAUGUCACUAAGUGUUGACGAGGUGAAGUUAGUGUCUUGUUGGAUAGAGGAAAAGUUGGAAGGACUUUCUAACUGGGAAGAUGUAUUUGGUGGGAUCACUGCAGCCAUUAUUCUGAUUCGUAAUGUGGAUUAUAACUUGCUCGUUGAUAUCGGCCUUAUAAAUAAGUUAGAAAAUCAGGUGGUUGAAUGCCAUGAGAACAUUGAGUUUCGUGUUCGAAUAGCUGCAGGUCAACUAAUGGGUUCUCUUUGCUUACGCGCCGGAUUACCUUUAUUUCUUCGCUACUUACCUGCUGUGAUUCAAGGUGUCAUCACUAAUUUAGAAAGAAAUACUGAAGCUGCCGUCUCUGAGGCUGAGUUGUCCAUGAAAGAACUGGAUAUGGCCAAAGAACGUGAUGUCGGUCUAAGCAGGAGUUCUUUGUCUAUUUUUCAUGAUACCGCUGGCUGGAAAAACCUGGAAACCUGGAUGAAAUGUUUACAAGAAAUGGUGUGUAACCUUCCAGCAGAUGAAUUUGUCAAAGUGGAUAGAACCGAAAUUGUAGAGAUAAUAUUUACAGCUGUUCAGCAUGUGAAUCGCUUUGUUCGUGAAACAGGCUAUGAUGUGUUGUGCACAAUGAUUUCACGAAAUGUAUGCUAUAAAGGACCCGAAUCAAAUGAGGCUAACUAUAUCAAAGUCGCCUCUCAGUUGGUCCAGGGUUUAUCAGAUAAUUGGAGCCAAGUUCGUAUGGCCGCUUCAAGAGCAGUGCGAACAUUUUUCGAGGUUAGUCCACCUCCUGGGUAUUCAAGAGAUGACGUCUAUCCUAUACUUUUGCCGGCUAUGUGUUUGAAUAGAUAUUACGUUGCCGAAGGCGUUCGAAUCUACAGUCAGGAUACAUGGUGUCGUGUAACCCAGGGAGAAGGUCGGAAGCUGCUUGGUCAGUUUUUGUCUCCAGCUGUUGACUACUAUAUUAAGCAAAGUGAUGCUGAUAAUCAUGCGGUUCGUGAAGCUGCUUGUGCUUCUAUGGCUGAAAUUGUAAUGAAACUGGAUCCACAAUUACUACUUCCGUUUGUUGAUAAACUUUUAAACGCCCUAUUGGUAUGCUUUGGAGACGAAAGUUGGCCAGUAAGAGACGCUGCUUGCGUUGCACUAGGCACUUUAAUUUCCAUUUUUCCUAAUGAAACCCGAGCUGCUGGACAUAACGACUUAAUGGCUGAAUACUUUCUGCGUAAUCUCGGUGACAGCAUUCCUUCUGUACGACAUGGUGCUGCAGCGUCUAUUGCUCAAAUUUUGAAGUCAGUCAAUGAUGACCAGACUUUAACAAAUCUCUAUAUCAAUUAUAUUAGUGAGAAAAUUGAUGGGUUAAGCAAGCAGCCUAAGGAAUCACAUGGUGCAGAGUCUAGUCGUCUAUCUGGCAAAGGACCUGGUGCUUCUCAUGUCACUGUCCAUAGUGGAGAUGCUGCUCAUGACAGUCGUCAUACUAAUCAAGUCAUGUAUUCUUGUGGGUCACUGGCACCUAAAUUGCAAAAAGGUCGGAAAGGUGGUGGUUGUCAUGAUGGUUUAAAUCAACGUCCUAGUGAACCUUGGGAACAAGCUGAUGGAGCAAUACGUUUGAUUGGUCAACUGGCUGAAUUUUAUCCAGAUCUUGUUACAGAUGUUAUUAUUUCCCAACUACUAAAAGGUGUUGAGUAUCAAAAUUAUACUCAUUAUCCAUACUUCUUGGAAACUGCAUGUGAUGUUAUUGUUCAACUGUGCAAGUAUCUUGAAAAGCCUAAGUUCAAAAAACACCUGGAUUCGUUUUUAAGAGUGCUAGCAUUUGCAGUGGAAAGUAAACUACCGCUUGCUGUCGGUGCUGCAUCUGAAGCCUUGAAAGCUAUCAGUAAUCGUUUUGGUCCAAGUGUGUUACGUGGUCGGAUUGAAGGUCAUAUCGAUGCAUUUGUCCCCGGGAAUCUACUUGACUUAUUACCACCUCCUGUAUAAUGUAUUAAGUUUUUCAAAUGUUUAACAUCAAUCUUCUUCGAUAUAAGUGAACUUGUAUCAUCCCUGUUUUUAUUCAUAAGUAAUGGUGAAAAGAAAAUAAAUACUCGUUUGCAUUUGUUAAACAUUUUUGCAUGUCAUUUUCCCCUUGUUCUCCUUAUAGUGGUAACAGUUUUAGGGUGUAUUGUGACUAACUUUCAUCUAAUGUUUGUUGUUAGAUUUUUAAAAAAACAUAUCAAGCAUAUGAUUCUGUGAAUGCAGUGAAACUGCAGGGCUACUAACAACGUUUGGUGACUGACUGUAACUUAUUGGAGAGUAAUAUGUAUCAUUGCUAGACACCACGCGUUUGAAACUGAAAUUAAGAAAAGACUUAUUAUGACUGAUUCAUCGGCAUACCUGUUGCAUUGAUCAUGAACAACUCGCCUGAUCCAAAAGUUAUAUCUUCUUUAUUCUUAUUCAGUUAAACAUUCUGGUUUAGUGUCGUCUUUGGAACAUUAUUUCACAGAAUUUCUUUAUUAGUACCAUAAUGUAAAACUAAAAUAUUUAAUUUGCUGAAAUACAUUCCUAGGUUUUGCUGUUAAUGCAUUUAAUCCUACUCCAAAAAUAUAGUGGAGGUAUGUGGAUGACACUUUCACAAUGUUAAAAAUAGA